AAUUUUCAUAUGAUUUUUGUUUGUUGACAAGUUUCUUGAACAAGUUUUCGGUUGUUUGAGAAGGAUUUGGAGGGAUUCGCUUUUUGCAUUUGGCCAAUUUAUAAUCAAAAUGAGUGUGAGUGCAGCAUCAACUACCACAGUAGCAGCAGAAGAAGAAGAUGUGCAAGAUGAUGGGGGCCCUCUUCCAGUGGCCAGAUUGGAGGGCAACGGUAUCAAUGCCGGAGACAUCAAGAAGCUGGUAGAGGCCGGUUACCACACAGUCGAAUCCGUAGCUUAUGCCCCCAAAAAAUACCUCAUAACCAUCAAAGGCAUUUCCGAACAAAAGGCUGAAAAAAUGUUGGCCGAGGCCUGCAAAUUGGUUCCUAUGGGCUUCACCACUGCUUCCGCUUUUCAUCAGAAGAGAGCCGAUAUGAUUGCUAUUACGACUGGGUCUAAAGAGUUGGAUCGACUUCUCGGUGGCGGCAUCGAAACCGGCUCUAUUACGGAAAUGUUUGGAGAGUUUCGGACUGGAAAGACUCAGAUUUGUCACACUUUAGCUGUUACUUGCCAGUUGCCAAUUGAUUGUGGAGGAGCUGAAGGAAAGUGUCUCUACAUCGACACUGAAGGCACUUUCAGACCAGAAAGAUUUUUGGCUGUUGCCGAGAGGUACCACAUGGAACCACAGAAGGUUUUGGACAACAUCGGCUAUGCCAGGGCUUUCAAUACUGACCACCAGACCUCAUUGCUCAUACAAGCCUGUGGCAUGAUGGCUGAAUCAAGAUACUCUUUGAUAGUGGUCGAUAGCGCUAUGGCCUUGUACAGGACCGAUUUUAUGGGCAGAGGCGAAUUAGCCCCUAGACAACAGCAUUUGGCUCGAUUCCUGAGGAUGUUACUUAGAUUAGCUGACGAGUUUGGUGUAGCUGUAGUCAUCACAAAUCAGGUAGUCGCUCAAGUUGACGGUGCAGGUGGAAUGUUUAAUCCGGACCCAAAGAAACCAAUUGGAGGAAAUAUUAUGGCCCAUGCUUCAACUACACGUUUGUAUUUGAGAAAAGGUCGUGGAGAAACAAGAAUGUGCAAAAUCUACGAUUCCCCAUGUCUCCCAGAAGCUGAAGCAAUGUUUGCCAUAAAUCCCGAUGGUAUUGGGGAUGCUAAAGAAUAAUUUAUUUUAGUUUAAUUGUAUUAUUAACCCAUGGCUGUUUUUCAAUAACCAUGAAGAAAAUUUUUGUAUUUUUUUUUUAUAUUGUUUAUUUUCUUAAUGACAUUAUUAUUAACUUAGUUCAUAUUUUGAAGAUAUUUGAGAGAAACUUAAUUGCAAGAAAGAAUCUCAAGUACAUUCCCUUACUAAUAGAAUUGCUUAUAGUAAUGUCAUAAACCAUUUUAGAGUUAAGUUGUGUUUAAUGAUGGGCUUAUUUUUAAAAUUUGUCUUCAUAAUUUAAUUUGUUUAAAAUGUAGAAAUAAAAGAUAAGUUUGGUCUUGCAUUUUGCGAAAUGUGAGGCAAGGUAAAAUGGCGUACUUUUUUUUAAUUCAUGCCCUUUACGUUUCAUUUCAUUGGCGGGAUUCAAUUCUAAAAAUACCAAGAAAUUGCUGCUGACUGUAGUUCUGAUAUUCGUUUCAAAUGGUAUUUCUUGAUUACCUCUUUAAAAAAAUCUAAUGAAGAUGUUAGAUAAAACAACCUGCUAUGCUUUACAGUAAUACUUAUAUUUUACCUUUGGUAACAUUUAACGCAGAAACAAUAAGUCUUUUAUAAGAUAAUAAGUCUUAAAUGAGCUUCAAUUUAAAUUUAAUAAAUAUUAAUUAGAUAAUUGAAAAAUAUUUACACAAAAAUGGCAAUUAUCAAACUAUAUAAACCUGUAAUAGAACAUACCCUUACUGUAAAUUGUUAUAAAUAUAGUAAAUCCCAUUCUUAAAAAAAAAAACAUAAUGAGUAAUAAUAAAACUAGAUUACCUAUUUACCAUAAAGUAAAAUGAAACAGAAAGAAUGUUUUGGUUUAAAUAAUAGGAAUUUUCUCAAGACUAUGGACAAAGGAACAAAAUAAAACCUGUAUAAAUAAAUUGAAGCGAAAAAUUUGAUGUAGAUAGGUCAUGCCCUACCUAGAUCCUGCAAUUUGGGGAAUCAGAAUUUUUUCAAAUAUGUAUCACCAUUUCUAUUUCAGUAAUCAUAUUUUUUAAGCCUAACCGACUGAUUUCAAAAUGAUUCCACUGGCAUAAGGGUUUGCAAUCCCAAGGUCCAAAAUUCCAGGAUUGGAAAAUAUGUCCCAACUGUUCCUAGAUAAAGAUUUGUAGUUUAAAUAAUUUGUAAUUAUUACAUAUUCGUAGUAAAAAUAAUUCAGUGGGAUUGAAAAUCUAUAUUGGGAGUGCAAGUCCUAUUUGCCUCCUAAUUGAUUUAUUUAUGUUUUUGCAGAGAAGCAUAUGAGUAAAUAUAAUAUGUAUUAUAAUUAGCAAAAGCAUUUUUGAAUAAAAAUUAGCAAAUUCCCAUUACUCAACCAAAACCUCCAAACAAGCUUAAACUAAAGGAGGAUCAUCGUCAUCGUCCUGUCCAAUCAUAAACUCAUCGUAAUUCCUAUUUCUUUGGCUAAACUUUUCCCUCAACCAUUUCACCAGCUCGAACCUUUUACCUACAUAAAUACUACAUAUCACAAAGGCAAUUAAAAAUAGCGGAAUUAAAAUUCCGGCCACGAGAGAUCCAUUGCCCUGGUUGUCAACCAAACUGGAAUAGUUCGGUGUGGUUUGCGGCAAGACGCAUUGGUCCUUGACGUUUUCAAAGGCAGGCAAGCAUUGGCAAAUGUUGGUGGAUUCAUCACAUGAUUCGGUGCUUUCGCAGAUUGGGUCUAUUGCGGUCGAAGUGGAAUUACAUUUCAGACCAACUGGAAAAUUCCUCAGCAAAUAGGAAACAAAGGCAAAUAAAGCCCGCAUAAAACUCGACAACAAACAUUAUUCUUUGGUUACAUUUCUUCCUCGAAAAAAAAAAUCCAAAAAUCGAUUAUAAAUUCUUCAUGGUUUGCUGGUAACACAUUGAGUAUAAUUGUUCAUUUGUGAUCGGAUAUCGUUAUCUACGGAAAGAUAAAAAUAUAUUUUUCAAUAAAAACAAACAAGUGGAUUUUAUAGGGGAGCAAAAAAAUUUUCAAACUUAUUUCAA